AAAACAGCUGAUGUUUUUUCACCCCUCAAGUGAAUUGUGGAUAGAAGGAUAUGAGUUGGAGAUUUUUAUAAUCUUUUGAAGCCUUCUGAUUGGCUGAUGAGAAAGAGCUGCAGAGUCAGUCUGUCACCCACCACAUCUUUCAAUCAUUCAAUCUCAACCACCCAUCUCUUGAUUCUCAUUUCCUUCACUUAUAUAUAAAUUCACUCACAGCUUCCCUUCUACACACUUCAAGUUUGCAAUUCUUAAAUUAUUUCAGAACCAGUUCUGUCAAAAAACCUAAAUUCUAAGCUUUGGGGAAAAGCAUGGCAUCAACGUUCAUGGCAGCUACUUCUAGUACUAGCACUGCACUCAGACCUACCCCUUUUCUGGGUCAAACAAGGGGAGCAAAUGCUAACCCUCCCAGGUUCAUUGUCAUGGCCUCGAAAAAUGAUUUGUGGUACGGCCCAGACCGAGUGAAGUACUUGGGACCCUUUUCAGCUCAGACUCCGUCUUACCUGACCGGAGAAUUUCCCGGUGAUUACGGAUGGGACACUGCUGGGUUAUCUGCUGAUCCUGAGGCUUUUGCCAAGAACAGGGCUCUUGAGGUCAUCCAUGGGCGAUGGGCCAUGCUUGGAGCACUAGGCUGCAUCACCCCAGAAGUCCUUGAGAAAUGGGUCAAAGUGGACUUCAAAGAGCCAGUUUGGUUCAAAGCCGGAGCCCAAAUCUUCUCAGAAGGCGGCCUAGACUACUUGGGCAAUCCCAAUCUUGUCCACGCCCAAAGCAUUCUGGCCGUGUUGGGCUUCCAAGUCGUCCUAAUGGGCCUUGUUGAGGGAUUCCGCAUCAAUGGACUUCCCGGAGUGGGAGAGGGGAACGACCUCUAUCCGGGUGGUCAAUACUUCGACCCAUUGGGUCUUGCUGACGACCCCGCCACCUUUGCCGAGCUCAAGGUGAAGGAGAUCAAGAAUGGAAGGCUAGCCAUGUUCUCCAUGUUUGGGUUCUUUGUCCAAGCCAUCGUCACCGGGAAAGGCCCACUUGAGAACCUCUUGGACCACCUUGACAACCCGGUGGCUAACAAUGCAUGGGUUUAUGCCACCAAGUUUGCGCCUGGAUCAUAAACUCUUAUUGUAACAUGAAAAUUGAUCAUUUGUGGUAAUUGGAAAUGAGAAUGCGUAGAUUUGUGUAAAUUGUCGUAGUUUCCACUUUGUUGGAUCUGAAGGUUUGAAACGGCUUAUGUUGGGCGAUUAUGAAAUGUGAUUUGCACCAUUUGUUA